GGACUUCAUUGCUUUAUGUUUUCGUUUUUGUUUCUUUCUAAACCACUGCAGUUUGACAUGCUCCGUUCCUGAGCAUUUGGCUCAAAAGAAGACAGAACUGCAAUUGCUCUCGGUGGAGACGCCACGAAAAUGAAGACGAGGGAGCAUCCGCCGUUUGCUCCACCCCCUCGUCCGGACAAUGAUGGAAAGACUCUUGCUGGGGAGGUGGACGAGUUUGCCUGCUGGGAGGCUUCUGCCAAGACACCGAUGGAGUUGCGGUUGAAGUCAGGCGAAUGCUGGCGGGGCUGGAACUUCGGGGCCAAACGGUCUGUGGCAGGUGAAGUGGUCUUUUGCACUGCCAUGAUGGGCUACCCUGAAUCGCUGACGGAUCCAUCCUUUGCAGGCCAAAUCCUCGUCUUGACGUAUCCACUGGUGGGCAACUACGGCGUUCCUCCAGACGAGACGGAUGAACUGGGGAUCCCCAGGUACUUUGAGGGCAGCAAGAUCUACCCCAUUGCCGUGGUCGUCUCCGAGUAUUCCUUCGUUGCCUCGCACUAUUCAGCGGUGAAGAGCUUAUCGCAGUGGCUGGAGGAGCACAAAGUGCCUGGAAUUUUCGGGGUGGACACGCGAGCCAUCACCAAGCGACUGCGAAUGGAAGGCUCAGCACUGGGUGCGGUGGUCGUCGGAUCUGAGCCUGCACCUGCGUGGGAGGAUCCGAACUUGCGCAACCUGGUGGCGGAAGUGUCAUUGCCCAGCCCCAAGCUGUAUGCGCCACCCAAAGACCCGGACGACGAUGGUGAGCCUCCCUUGGUCCUGGCGGUGGACUGUGGCAUGAAGUUUAACAUUGUGCGGUACUUUGUCUACUACCUCCGAGUGCGGCUGAAGGUGGUCCCCUGGAACUACGACUUCACAAAAGAAGAGUUUGACGGUUUGUUUAUCAGCAACGGUCCUGGAGAUCCACAGAAGUGUGAUGCAACAGUGAAAUGCCUUCAGCAAGUGAUGAAAGACCGGCCAACAUUGCCCAUCUUUGGUAUUUGCCUUGGCCACCAGCUGCUCUCCCUGGCGGCCGGCUGCAAGACUUACAAAAUGAAGUUCGGAAACCGUGGAGUGAACCAGCCCUGCAUAGAUCUCCGGACUGGCAGAUGCUACAUUACCUCGCAGAACCAUGGCUUUGCCGUGGACGAUUCUCAGCUUCCGGACGGCUGGCACUCCCUCUUCGUCAAUGCCAAUGAUGGCUCGAACGAGGGAAUUGCGCACAAGGAGAAGCCAUGGCUAUCGGUUCAAUUUCAUCCCGAGGCUUGCUGCGGCCCAGUAGACACGGCAUUUUUGUUCGACGAAUUUUUACGGAUCUUGAGGAGUCUACAUGGAAAAAACCUGACGACCAUCGGCUACAAGCACCCGCAAGCGAUUACAAAGGUCCUGGUGCUGGGAUCGGGUGGCCUGACGAUUGGACAAGCGGGAGAGUUCGACUACUCGGGCAGCCAAGCCAUCAAGGCUUUGCGGGAGCAGCAAGUGCAGUCCAUUCUGAUCAACCCAAACAUCGCCACAGUGCAGACAUCAAAGGGUCUGGCUGAUCAGAUCUUCUUCGUGCCUGUCACACCGGAGUUCGUCACGAAGGUCAUCGAAAAGACCCGACCGGACGGGCUCUUCGCGGCCUUCGGUGGACAGACGGCACUGAACUGUGCUGUUCAACUUCACAAGAAUGGGACGCUGAAGAAGUACGGCGUGAAGGUCCUCGGCACGCAGAUCGAUUCCAUCAUUGCCACGGAGGACCGCGACGUCUUCAAGGCGGGCGUCGAAAGCAUUGGCGAGCAGUGUGCCCUCUCGGCCUGCGCCAACACCAUGGAAGAAGCAAAGAAGGCGGCCAAGGAGAUCGGCUUUCCAGUGCUGGUGCGAGCUGCAUUUGCACUGGGCGGCCUUGGAAGUGGCUUUGCGAGCAACGAGGCCGAGUUGGAUAUUUUGCUGGAACGAGCCUUCGCGAACUCCUCCCAGGUCAUCAUUGAUGAGUGCCUCAAAGGAUGGAAGGAGCUGGAAUAUGAGGUCAUGCGUGACUCAAAGGACAAUUGCCUGGUGGUGUGCAAUAUGGAGAACCUGGAUCCCAUGGGCGUUCACACGGGCGAAUCCAUUGUGGUGGCACCGUCCCAAACGCUCAGCAACGAUGAGUAUCACAAGCUGCGCGCGGUGGCGAUCAAGGUGAUUCGCCACUUUGGCAUCGUGGGUGAAGCCAACAUUCAAUAUGCUUUGGAUCCCAACUCCAAGCGGUACCGCAUCGUGGAGGUGAAUGCUCGGCUGUCGCGGAGCAGUGCAUUGGCCUCGAAGGCCACCGGCUACCCCUUGGCAUACGUCGCCGCAAAGAUUGCCUUGGGUCACGACCUGGUGAGCUUGAGGAAUUUGGUCACGCGAUGCACCACCGCGUGUUUCGAACCCUCCCUGGACUACUGCGUGGUGAAGAUCCCGCGCUGGGACAUCGACAAGUUCCCCACGGUGGAGCGCACCUUGGGGACGCAGAUGAAGUCCGUGGGCGAGGUCAUGUCCAUCGCGCGCUCCUUCCCCGAAGCCAUGCAGAAGGCCUUGCGCAUGGUGAACGAAGGCUCCGUGGGAUUUGACGAGUCUUGGUACCUGCGUGCGCGAACCUCCGCGGGAACCUCCAAAGACAACAAUAUCGAGGAGGAGUUGCGAUGUCCCGGACCGCUUCGAAUGUGGGCCAUCGCCCAUGCCUUCGAGGUUGGCUACAGCGUCGAGAAGGUCUAUGCGAUCACACGCAUUGACCGCUGGUUCUUGGGCAAGCUCUUCUGUGUUCAUCAAGCGCGAAAACGCAUGGAGGGCAUGGGCAGCCUUGCCGCCUUGACCAAGGCCGGUCCCGAGUUCUUGCGGCGAGUGAAGCAAUUGGGCUUCUGUGACAGGCAGAUCGGGAAAUGCGUCAAGGAAACGGACAUCUCCAUCAUGAAGCUGCGCGCCAGCUGGAAUGUGAGGCCAUGCGUGAAGCAGGUCGACACUCUGGCAGCGGAGUUCCCCGCGCAAACGAACUAUUUGUACUUGACCUACGUGGGUGAUCAGAACGACGUAGUCCCUCUGAGAAACGAGAAGCUUGCAGCUCACAAGGAUUCCUUGUAUGACACCGCCUUUGGAAAAGGCCGUCUUGAAGAGGAAAGUGCCUUCAGCCUCCCCUUCAAGAAGACGCCCUUGCAGCGGAGCACCACGUCGCCCUCUUGGAGCCCCAAGAACCGGAGCGCCAAAGCGGAGGAUCCGCCUGCAUUUGAUUUGAAUGAAGACGGUCAAAAACCUUCGUUCAUCGUGCUGGGCUCGGGGUGCUAUCGCAUCGGCGCCUCCGUGGAGUUCGAUUGGAGCUCCGUGAGCGCCGUCAGGACCCUGCGAGAAACUGGACACAGAGCCAUGGUGAUCAAUUGCAAUCCAGAGACUGUGUCCACGGACUAUGAUGAGAGUGAUCGUCUCUACUUCGAGGAGUUGACCUUGGAGACCGUCUUGGAAAUUUGCAAUUUUGAGCAACCAGCAGGUACCAUUGUAUCUGUCGGCGGUCAGACGCCGAACAAUUUGGCACCGAAGCUGGACAAGAUGGGAAUCAAUAUUCUUGGAACGGCUGCACAGAAUAUUGACCGGGCAGAGGAUCGCUCGAAGUUCUCGGCCAUGUGCGACGAACUGGGCGUGGAUCAACCGGAAUGGUCGGAGUUCGUGAAGCUGGAGGAAGCGCUGAGCUUUGCGAACAUGGUGGGCUUCCCGGUGCUCGUCCGGCCCUCCUACGUGCUCUCGGGCGCGGCAAUGCGGGUGAUCGACAACGAGGAUCAACUGAAAGCAUUCCUGGGCACUUCAGCUGUUGUGGAGCAGGAGUUCCCAGUGGUGAUUUCCAAGUAUGUCGAGGGUGCGAGGGAGAUCGAGUUUGAUGGCAUUGGCCGCGAUGGGCAAGUCCUCAACUAUGCCAUCUCCGAACACGUGGAGGAUGCUGGCACUCACAGUGGCGAUGCCACGUUGCUCCUCCCAUCCCAGCGUCUCUACUUGGAAACGCAUCGCCGGGUGAUGCAUGUGGCUGCCCAGUUGUGCAAAGCUCUCAACAUUUCGGGCCCCUUUAAUGUGCAGUUCAUGGCGCAGGAAGGUUCCUGCAGUUCCAUGCGAACGCUCAAAGUCAUCGAGUGCAAUGUGAGAGCCUCCAGAACCGUACCCUUCGUAUCCAAGACGCUGAAUGUGAACUUCAUUGAGCUUGCCACUCGUGUUAUGCUGAAGCAGGACGUCAGACCUGCACCCGUCUAUGUCUAUGAUUUCCAGUUUGUCUCUUGCAAGGCUCCCAUGUUUUCCUUCCAACGGCUCAGUGGAUCGGAUCCGCACGUGGGCGUCGAGAUGCAGAGCACCGGCGAGGUGGCAUGCUUUGGGCAGAAUGCCAAUGAGGCAUUCCUCAAGGCGUUGAUCGCGAGUGGUGUCAAGGUCUUCUUCGAGCCUUGUGGGAUCCUGUUGUCCUUGGGCUCACAGGAGGACAAGAAGACCAUUUUGAAGUACCUGCCCUUCUUGGAUGAGAUGGGGUACAAGAUCUAUGGAACCACUGGGACAGCCUCAUUCAUAGAGGCUAACGCACCCAAGCGGAAGGGAGCCAGCAUCAACGUCAGCACACUGGCAAAUGCAGUCACGCAGAAGAAACCAAACGUGAUCUCAGCGAUGGCGGACAAGUCCAUCGGCAUUGUCAUUUGCACGCCUUCCUCAAGAGACUCCGGUGGUGCGACGGCCGGCUACUUCCUACGAAGGAAAGCUCUGGAAUCUCAAUUAACUCUGCUAGUGAACCUCCAGCAGGCAUUGAUGUUCAUCGAUGCCCUCUAUGAGAAGUGGAGUGUAGAAAGACAGGGAGGCGAAUUUUGGACCCUGGAUUCGUGGCAGGAAUGCCACAGAAUAGCUUAGAUCUGCUGGCCUUGCCCAGCAUUUCAGCACUUCCGAGACUUGUACAAACUCUUGUUGACAACUUCUGAGAGACUUCCAAGCAGAUUCACA